GGUCAUUUGAUCACUACUGAGCGGACUUGGAGAUCUAAAUCCAUGCAACAAUAGAGGUACCGACCGUCUCGCUGCCUUCUGAAAGCUAACGUUCCAUGUUCUCAAGAGGCUAAGUCUCGAAUUCCUUGCAGACUCAACACGUAAACGAAAAGGUCUCUUGAGAUAGUCUUUGAUUCUACUCACAAGCCGUUGCAACCUUCAUGAUGUCGAUGGCCCGUUGUUCAGGCGCGUGGAGGAGAUCUGCCCCACACGGCACGCUAAUGCGGUUACUAAGCCGGGCCCCACAAGUUUUCUCUUUGGAAAACUGCGCUGCAGGAAAAGUUCGAGCCUAGCAUAGUUGUUGUAUACCAUAUUCAAAGAUGUCAGAUACCGAUAUGAGCUCACAGGGGGAAGUCAAGAAGGUCAUCAAGAAGGAGAAGAGGGAAAAGAAGGAAAAGAAGGGGACGAAAAGUUCGAAAUCCAAGGUCACAGCCGAAUGGAGCUCAGACAACGAGGCCACUGAGACACCAGCAAAGAAGCGCAAGCGCGAAAUCCUGCCUGACGAGAUCGUCGUCGACAUCGAUCUUCCUGAACCGUCCUCCAAGAAAGCUGCUCGUGCCGCGAAGAAGGCAAAGCUCAAUCCCAAGCCUGCUGCUGCCGGAACCGAGGCGUCCACAGACGCGACAACAGAUGGCGCCGCCAGUGAGGCGAAGAAGGGCGAGGAGAAGCGCUCAGAGUUUGGUGUCUGGAUCGGCAAUCUGCCCUGGUCUGCUACCAAGGACUCGCUGCGCAGCUUCAUAAUGGAGAAUACCGAGAUCAAGACCGAGCAGAUCACCAGAGUGCAUAUGCCUCCGUCCACAAAGCCCGUUCCCGCCCACUGGACGACCAAGCCCAACAAUAAGGGCUUCGCGUACGUUGACUUCUCGACCGAACUCGCCAUGUACGCAGCCAUCGCAUUGACCGAGACCAAGAUGGACGGCCGCGCACUGCUCAUCAAGAACGCAAAAAGCUUUGAAGGCCGACCUGACAAGCCAAAGGUAGAGGGAGAGGAGGCUGGUGGUCGUGGAAAGGCUGUGGGCAAGGCAGGCGGUCACCCACCGAACAAGCGCGUCUUCGUUGGCAACCUGUCCUUCGAUGUUACCAAGGAGGAUCUCACAGCGCACUACAACCCAUGCGGCUCCAUUGAAAACAUCCACAUGGCGACUUUUGAGGACUCAGGGAAGUGCAAGGGCUACGCCUGGGUGACGUUCGGGGAUGUUGAGGCUGCUACUUGCGCUGUCCAGGGCUUCGUCAUGAAGACCGAGGCUGAGCUGAGAGCCAAUAAGAAGAAGAGUGCAGACGGUUCUGAUGGUGAAGAAACUGAGGUCAAGAACCCCACAAAGAGGAGAAAGUGGCUAUUGAACAAGCUGAACGGCCGAGAGAUGCGUUGCGAGUUCGCUGAAGAUUCCACAACUCGUUACAACAAGCGUUACGGUAAAGACAAGCCAGCGGCGCCCGUUGAUGGCGUCAACCCAGAUCGCUGGAAGAACUUUGGUGGUGAUAAUGACAGGCAAGGUGGAAGAAAGGAGCCGCGAGAGCCCCGUGCGCCGCGUGCGCCCAAGAAUGGCCCUAACAGCAUUCAGCCCGGCAAGAAGGUUGAUCCCAGGUCGAUCAAGAGUGGCUCAGCGCACAUGAACGCUCAAAGAGCAAGUCAGGCAAUUGUGGAGGGACAGGGCAAGAAGACCACGUUCGAGUAAGCUAGUGAUGCAGCCUCGUGCAAUCGUGACUGCCUGGUUUGGGAGGCAGCUGCACUUCGACUGUUGUUUACAAGAUACCCACUUCACCCCACAUCACUAGCAAUCAACAAACCUACAUUCAGUCUCC